CUUCCGGUAUAUAAUGAAUUAAUGAAUGCUCCCUGGGUUGACAACAUGGCAGAUUGGAGAAGUAACAGAAACGGCAAGACAGAGGAGAUUCUCGACCAUGAGAACCAGCAGAGAGUUGAUGGCUUGGCGGGAAAGAUCUCCAGAUUGAAAGGGAUUGCUCUGGACUUGGAAACAGAGUCUCGAGACUCAAACCGAUACCUGGAUGGAAUGCAAGAUGACUUCGGCAGCACGCAGGGUUUGUUGUCCGGCAGUGUGACACGUAUCACCAGCAUGGUGAACUCCGGCAAGGGCAACCGGAAAGUCAUGUGCUACAUCAUCAUCGGACUUGUGUCUCUGUUCUUCCUUGCCUAUUACCUGGUAUCCAAGGUAACAGCAGGAUGAAUGCUGUGGCGCCAACAGGCAUGGGAUAAGAGUGGGAGUAUUCAGGACGGGACAGAUACAGACUGACUACAUUGUGUUGUUUGUGGUGUUCCGGGCAGCACUGCUUUGUGGGUUUAUGAUCAGACACAAUCUUAUUUCUUUUAGUUUCUUGUGGGAUUUUAAGGAUAUUAAUGGGAAACUAACUACAUUUUGACCAGAUUGCAGUCCUAGUUUGAAU